AGAAACAACCCGACAAAACACUAUGGGAAACGGACACCAUGAAAAGUGGAAGAGAGGAGGGGAUCUGAAGAACGGGAUAUCCGCAAAGACAAACUCUGCGAUGAGAGCCUCGGAAGAAAAGAGUUGACGAGUCUGGAGUUGCGGUCUGUACCAUCAUGCUGAGCUCAGCGCUAGCAUGAAACGUGUCCCACACAUAAGUCACACAGACAGGCAGAUUUUCCGCUGGUUCAUGAGCCGCCUUUCCUCAAGUUGAAAGCAGACGCCCGUUCUUCUGCAAAACCUUCCGGUUGAACAGACCCUGAUGGCGAUUCGCAGAGCCUUUCUGGUCAUGACAUUGAUGCAGUCUGGCUACUGCCUUCGAGCAGAUCAUGCGCAUGAAGUGCACAAUGCAGACCUCAGUGCAGAUCUCUUGGAAUCUGAUUCCAACGUGACUUUUGGAAAAAAAUGCUGCUGCUACAGGCCUGUUGGGGACAAGGUCUACGAAAAUCCCUGGGGCAGCAGUUGUCCUGUAAGGCCCUCGCGUGGGUGUGCCUAUCCCCAGAAGGCUUCGCCCUGCAAAGUUGGCCCGAACAAGUACGACGUGUACUGCGAGUGGUAUUAUGCGCUUGGUUGCGGCGGCCCACGACGUGCGGAGAACAUCAUGUGGAACAAACCAUGGCAGAGAAAAUAUGACAACAUGUGACGAAAAUGAAGGCACGAUUUCUGACGAGACAAGAUCCGUUCAC